UUCCUCAAUUUGAAUAUGUAGUUUUAUUAUUUGCUUUUCGUCUCAUAUAAAUUUGGUUCAGGAUGCAAAGGGAUACCACUAGCAAUGGCACCGCGGCAGCUGCAACACGGGUGCACCCGGCGUGCGCCGCGUGCAAGCACCAACGGAAAAAAUGUGACGAGAAUUGCAUCCUGGCUCCAUAUUUCCCGGCCGAUAAGUGUCGGGAAUUCCAAGCCGUGCACAAGGUCUUCGGAGUGAGCAACGCGACAAAGAUCGUCCGUAAUGCUAGUACCGAUGAGGAUAGGAAGAAGGUGGCGUAUUCGUUGAUAUGGGAGGCGUUCUGUUGGCAAAAGGAUCCAGUGUUGGGACCCUACGGAGAUUAUAGGAAGGUUUAUGACGAGUUGAGCUUGUAUAAGAAGCAGAGCCAGAUGAUGAUUCUAAAAGACCAUGAUCAUCAUCAGCCCGGUCAUCAGGUCUUCAAAAUGGGUGCUGCUCACACCGUUGCACCGACUAAGAGAGGCGACACUACGUUACGAUGCUAUAAUCCCGUAGACGCCAAUUCCCUCUUUGGUUUCAGUGGAUAUCCGUAUCCUCAAUCGGACAAGGCAGUGCAAGAAAAAGGCAUGCAUAAUACUACUAUUGUUCCACUGCAAUACUACGCUUCAGCAGAUGUAGGGUUUAUGAAUGGCAAGACAUUGGAAAGUACAGGAUGGGACAACAUACUAUAGAUUUAUUUUAUUCCGAC